UUGUGGCAAAAAGUGAUGGUCUUACAAUGGCUAUGCUAAAGUGCCGUGAUAAGAAUUCGAAGUUUUUGGGUAAUGGAAAAGUAGGAAAGUCGAAUUUGAUGGUGUCUCGGUUUAAGUUGAGUUGGCGGAUUAAAUGGGGAAUGAUGGCAAUUUUUCUGUGGACUUGUGUUUUGAGGUUGAUUGCAAUGGAUGAAGUGUGGGGGCCUAGAUUGUUGAAGGGUUGGCCUUCUUGUUAUACUCCUGACAUGUUUUCCAAGGCUAACAUGUCUUAUGUUCAACCCAAAGUUCCUCCUCCUCCAAAAAGGGUUUAUAAGAACAAUGGUUAUCUUAUGGUUUCUUGCAAUGGGGGACUUAACCAAAUGCGAGCAGCAAUCUGUGACAUGGUAGCCAUUGCCAGAUAUCUGAAUGUCACUCUCAUUGUCCCAGAAUUGGAUAAGAAAUCAUUUUGGGCUGAUACAAGUGAGUUUAAUGACAUAUUUGAUGUUGAUCAUUUCAUUACAUCCUUGAGGGAUGAGGUUCGUAUAUUGAAAGAGCUCCCAACAAGGCUCAAGAAAAGAGUUGAGGUAGGAAGGUUCUACUCGAUGCCACCUGUUAGUUGGUCUAACAUUUCCUACUAUAGUUACAAGAUUCUUCCUCUAAUACAGAAGUACAAAGUUGUACAUUUCAAUAAAUCUGAUGCUCGACUUGCUAAUAAUGGGCUGCCUAUAGAGACCCAGAAGUUGCGUUGCAAAGUAAAUUAUAGUGCUCUGAGAUUCACUUCUCAGAUAGAGGAAUUGGGUAGAAAAGUUGUCAGGAUUCUGAAGCAAAAUGGGCCGUUCCUAGUCCUCCAUCUCAGAUACGAAAUGGAUAUGUUGGCUUUCUCUGGAUGCACUCAAGGCUGCAACAUUGUGGAGGUGGAGGAAUUGACAACAAUGAGGUAUGCUUACCCCUGGUGGAAGGAAAAAGUUAUAGAUUCCGAUCUCAAAAGGAAAGAAGGUUUGUGCCCUUUGACGCCUGAAGAGACUGCUCUAGUAUUACGUGGACUGGGUAUUGAUCAUAAAAUUCAAAUCUAUAUUGCUGCUGGUGAACUAUAUGGAGGAGAAAGGAGAAUGGCCAGUUUGGCAGCUGCAUUUCCAAAUUUGGUCAGAAAGGAGACAUUGCUGGAGCCCUCAGACUUGAGGUUUUGCCAAAACCACUCAUCCCAGAUGGCUGCAGUGGAUUAUUUUGUCUCUUUGGAGAGUGAUAUUUUUGUUCCUACAUAUAAUGGAAACAUGGCUAAAGUUGUUGAAGGCCAUCGAAGGUAUUAUGUUGUGACCAACACUAUAGCCUCUACUCCUGCAGCCAUGCCCUUGCUAAAGUGGCCCUGGGGGAGCAUUUGGCAUCUGUUGUUUCUUCAACUUGGAAUUCUGUUUAUAUUUUUAAUUUUUUCGCCUUUCGAUUUGUUUGUUCCAUCUAAGAUUGUGUUGGCAUGUUUAAAUUUUUCCAGAUUUUUGGGAUUCAAGAAAACUAUUCAAUUGCAGAGAAAGCUUCUAGUUGAUGCAAUAGAUCAGUACCAUGAUGGCUUGUUGAGCUGGGAUGAAUUUUCCUCCAUCGUGAAGGAAGCUCAUGCCAAUCGUAUAGGGAGCCCAAGAAACCGUGUAGUGAUUUCUGGUAGACCAAAAGAAGAAGAUUCUUUUCAUGCCAAUCCGCAUGAGUGCUUGCAACCGUUGGACGAACCAUUGAGAAUUAUAUGA